AUGGACGAGGUGGUAGAGGCGGACCCGGAUGCGGAGGCGGAGGAUCAGGAGGAGAGGUGGGCGAGGCUGCUGCCGGAGCUGCUCUCCGACGUGGUGCGGCGCGUCGAGGCGUCCGGCGGCGAGCGGUGGCCGGCGCGGAAGGACGUCAUCUCCUGCGCCUGCGUGUGCCGCCGGUGGCGGGAGGCCGCUGUAGCCGUCGUGCGUCCGCCGGCGGAGUCCGGCAAGAUCACCUUCCCCUCCUCGCUCAAGCAGCCAGGGCCAAGGGAUAGCCCAAUGCAGUGCUUUAUCAAGCGGAAUAAGAAGAACUCUACAUUCUACCUCUACCUUGGCUUCACAAGUUCACCUGUGGAUAAGGGGAAGUUUCUCAUGGCUGCUAGAAGAUUUAGGCGUGGUCCCCAUACUGAGUACAUUAUAUCUCUUGAUUCAGAGGACUUAUCACCAGGGAGCAAUGCAUACAUGGGGAAACUGAGAUCUGAUUUCUGGGGGACAAACUUCAAAAUAUAUGAUAGCAAGCCACCAUAUGAUGGUGCUAAAGCAUCAAGUAGUCGAUCUAGUCGUCGUUUCGGAAGCAGAAGGAUUAGUCCCCAAGUAUCGGCUGGCAACUAUGAAGUUGGACAGGUUUCAUACAAAUACAACUUGCUCAAAUCCAGAGGCCCUAGGAGAAUGUAUUGCACUCUUGAAUGCCCUUCAGCCCAAGAGACUUGGGAAAACUCACUCAAGACAAAGUUCAAGAGGCCCCUGGGUCCCACAACUUUACGGAAUAAAGCACCCCUCUGGCAUGAGCACCUGCAGUGCUGGUGCUUAAACUUCCAUGGGCGGGUAACAGUUGCAUCAGUCAAGAAUUUCCAGCUUGUGGCUGCUCCCGACCCCAGUGACCCUACUAGCAGCGUGGAUGAUAAAACGGUUCUGCUGCAGUUUGGUAAGGUCGACGACGAUGUGUUCACGAUGGAUUACCGGCAACCACUCUCCGCGUUCCAAGCCUUUGCCAUCAGCCUCAGCAGCUUUGGGACCAAGCUAGCCUGUGAAUAG